GACGAACAUCGCUAGUUUGGGAAAGACCCCUGCAGAAACUUCGCUUGCCACGUAGUCGCGGCUGCACAACUUGUAGUUUGUGAAGCUUUCCAUGCUUUGUUGUGUAUGAAACAUCAGCUGAACGCUUAGAGGUUGUUAAACUGUUCUUAAUAUUAAGAUGAUUCCAGAAUUGUGGACAUGCAUUUUUUCUGCAUUCUUCUUUUACGUGCAUGGAGCAAAACUUCCGGAAGCAGAGGUGAAAAUAGAAGUUCUAUACAAACCUUUCCUUUGCCAUCGUAAAUCCAAAUACGGGGAUAUUCUUCUGGUUCACUACGAUGGCUUUCUGGAGAGUAAUGGCACAAUGUUUCAUUCCAGCCGUCAUCACGGAGACAAAAACCCUGUCUGGUUCACAUUGGGGAUCCGUGAGGCGAUCAAGGGUUGGGACAAGGGUCUUCAAGGCAUGUGUGCGGGGGAGAAGAGGAAACUGACCAUCCCUCCAUCUCUUGCAUAUGGCAAAGAGGGCAAAGGAAAAAUCCCUCCAGAGAGCACUCUGAUUUUUGACAUUGAGAUCAUAGAGAUCCGAAAUGGGCCCAGGUCACAUGAGUCCUUUCAGGAAAUGGACCUCAAUGAUGACUGGAAACUUUCCAAAUCAGAGGUCAAAGAAUACUUGCGCAAAGAGUUUGAAAGACAUGGAUACGCCCCCAAUGACACCCAUCAUGAAGUGAUGGUUGAGGACAUCUUCCAAAAAGAAGAUGAAGACAAUGAUGGAUAUAUAUCAGCCCGGGAGUUCACUUACAAACACGAUGAACUAUAAAUACACACUCCUGCAAAACUGCACCAAUGUUUACCUUCAGAAGAUUCCAAUAUUUACCUUCAGAGAUUUGCAGGUUGUCAGUAUCAUUUCACAUCAUGUUACAGUAGAUAUAAACAGUUUAUCUACAGGUCACGUAUUUAAUUUUUUUUUUAUUAUUAUUAUUUUUUUAAAUAUACACUCAGGUGGUAUAAGGUAUUUUUGAGCUGUUUGUAGUAUUUGAAGAUUGUUGGUCUUCUUCAAUGUCAAGAUGUUAAAUUCUGCUCAAAGAAAAUGUUUUGUCCCUAAAGUGCCUGUUGAACAUUUCCAUGCUGAUUUUUUAAUAGUAUGUGAGUGUGUUACUUAGAGCCAAAUGAAUUAUGCAGUAUUGUUUACAGUAUUUCAAAGAUGUUAAAGUUAAUUUGUCAAGAGUUGCCUCUAAGUAUUUCUUAUAAAGUAUAAAAUAAAAUAGUCUUGUGUGGUUCUUCACUGUUGACGUUGUAGUUUUAUACACCAUCACUAGAGGGAGCUCUUCUCUUAGCCUGUUCAUGACACAAAUGACUUGGUAUCAUAUGCCAAUCAAAUGUAGUUGUGUGAAUUUUUUUUGACUGAUUGUCUGCAAUGGCUCAUAGUCAUAUGGUAGAUAUAGAUAGAAACAUACACUGUAGUGUUUAAUAAUGAACAAAGGGACAGAAAAAAACUCUGAGACACUCCGUUAAAAUGCAGUCAAGUGGCCUUUCAUUGACAGAUGGCAUAGUCAUCAUUACACACCUACAUAAUGCAGAUGACUAGUUUGUGGUGCAUUAUAAUUUGCAUACAGCAUUUACUCAGAGCCAUGUUUAGCAACAUUCCAUUCUUUUACUAUGGCAUUACACAGUUACAUAAACUUUUGCAACAUUGGUUCAAGUUACAUUUACAAUUUGUGUGUUUAUGUGUACCCAGUUUGCUCCAGUGGCUCCAUCUCAAAUCACUUUGGAUAAAACCAUCUGUUUAAUUGACACUGAUAUUUACUCUUUACUAAAUAUAAAUUUGAACAAGCUUGAUAUUUAAAUAAUUACAUAAAAACUCAUUUUUAUGCAUGCUGGGUAGCCUAUAUGGUUCUGAUAAUUGUUAUUUAUAUUGCUAUUGUAAUGCAAAUUAAUGUAUUAUCAUUUCUGAAAUAUUGUUCUACCAAAUAAUUUUUAGGAAUGAGAGAGCUUCAGUGAAUAACAAACCUGGCAAACAUUCAAGUCUAUGCACAACAUGGACAUAUGAAACUCGACUUGGACUUCUUCUCGAAAUAAAGCUGUUAGAUACUAAUAACUUCUCAAACGUACAAUAUUCAGUAGGUUAAUGUAAAUCAAACUAAUUUCCCCUCGACAAUCAGAAAAAAAACUACAUAUCAGGGUAAAAUUCUACAUCAUAUCUACUGUAUUUCCUUCAUUUACGGUAAAACACUUUUCUUUUAAAAAUCCCUUUUUAAAAUAAAUAAAAGACUU